CGCAACAGCAGCAGAAUCACUUGUUAACGAAGAGACUCCGUCAUACGAGUGGGCAUUGAGUCAUCUUUGCACGUGAGACGUGAGUGAGGCGGCCGUCAUCUUUUUGUCGUCUGCCACUAUCAUAUAUCUCAGUAUCUGUCGUCUGCUCCAUCUACGUUGGAGAGACGUCAGUUAAUCACACCAGGCUGGUCUGACCAGUCCGAGAACCUGCUCGGGAAUUUAGAUUUACCGUUUGAUUAUAUCGUUUGCUGCUCCCAGUUCUCGUCUGCUCUCGUCUGCGACUGACUGAGGCAGACGUCUAAAGCAUCUGUAAUACUAUCUCGCCUCAUCCAGCAUCCUCGGUGUGGGAUCUCCCGGCAACAAGCCGCAUUCUAGAAGCUUUCUAUGACCAGCCUCCGUUCGAUAUAUAACAGCGCCGUGAAUCAGUCAUCUGACAAACAAACAAAGGAGGAGAAACGGCACUUUCCUCUCGGAGUCGGAUACUUGGAUACGUACAGGGAUUACUACACAACUAUCGUACUGACGAGCCCCGUGCAACGAUAUGGCAACACGGAUCCCCAUCACUAAGGACUCGUUUGGAUUUGAAGACCGUCAGGACGACAUUUGGCAGAAGAUGGAGCACGACAUGGAGCGCAGGAGGAAAGAGUGGGAGAAUGAGAUUGAGAAGAUGUCCACGGACUUCUUCUCCAUGAGGCCAGACCGGACACAACGCAGCUUCGACCCCAUACAGGACAGGAUCGGCAUCGCCGAAAGCCACGACGACGGCAAGAGCGUCAUCGAGAAGAACGAGCAUGGCCAACCCGUGUUCAAGGCAAGGUUCAAUGUCAAGGACUACAAACCGGAAGAGGUCAAUGUCAAGAUGGACGCCAAUAAGAUCAUCGUCCAGGCCAAGCAUGAAGAAAACAGUGGAGGGGCGUCUGUGAGUCGGGAAUACUGCCGAGAGGUCAACAUUCCGAAAGAGAUCGACCCCUUGGCAUUGCAGUGCAGCAUCUCGCCCGAGGGGAAAUUGACGGUAGAAGCACCUGUCCCCGUUCCCGACUAUCAGAAGGAUGCGCCCGUACCAGCCCCCGACUAUCAGAGGGAGGCACCCGUACCAGCCCCCGACUAUCAGAGGGAGGCGCCCGUACCAGCCCCCGACUAUCAGAGGGAGGCCCAUGUACCAGCCCCCGACUAUCUGAGAGAAGCACCGGGUACGCCAACUAAGAUUAGCAUCAGCCAAUCAUCUAACGCUUCUCACUCCCCAUAUCAUUCAGGGACGUCUUCCCCAGCAUCGUUCCAACAUCCACAACAGCAGCAAAGAGUUUCUACACCGCCUUAUAAGCCCCAGCCUACACAAUUCACACCGCCACCUGUCAAUCAACCCCAGCAAUUCCAGUCUCCCCCCUCGUCAGGUCAGUUCCAACAGCCAUCUUCUGGCUCAUCGUAUGGUCAAUAUCCGUCACAUCCGGGAUCUUCUGGGCAGUUCCAAGUUCCUCCCUAUCAAGGACAGAGCCAUUCUAAAACACCUCAAGCUUUCAACACAUCUGUCGUCAAUUCCUCAUCCACACAACGCACAGCAUCCCCCGUGGGCUUCCCAGAGAAGAAGUUCAAGGUCGAAGCCGACAUUGAGGAUUUCAACCCGGAAGAUCUUACCGUGAAGACCCAGGAUAAGAAGAUCGUUAUCACAGCGCGGAAAGAGGUCAAAACGGGCAAUAGGACGUCAACCCGCGAGAUGAGCCGAGAGUUCGCCAUCCCUGAGAACGUGGACCCGUACAGCGUCAAGGCCUUUUUCACCGAGGGCGGGAAACUCAUCCUGGAGGCUCCGUACAGGCAGACGACUUCCGGUCAGUAUUCCAAUGGCGGGGGAAAUCACUCCAGUUCGCCCAUGACUGGCAGGUAAAUAUGUGUUGCCUGGAAACUUUGUUAAAGAGAAGGAUAUUAUUUUCCGAAGGACGAAUGACUUGUGGACAACAUUCUGGCUGUUUGAACGAGGUGUGAGAUGACGUUGACGGGUGGACACAGGAAGCAGGACCGCCGUGCCAUGGUGCUUGUGUAUGUGCAAUCAAGAUUUCAGAGAUUCCAGAUCGCCCUGUUGAUCACGUGGUACCAAUAACUUUCACUGCAGAUGAUAUUUUUUGAUGCAACCGAAUAACCAAAGCAAUCACGAGUUAUUGCCCUUUGAUCAUUAGUGAUGUAGUUGAUGUUGUACCGUGGUGCAUUGCUUCUUGCUGUUCCUUCAAGAGUAAUCUCACUUGAUCGAACAUAAUUUUGUGGCACCGCAGAUCAUAUUUUGUUGAUACCUUUAAAACAUUUGCUAUGACUCCAUAUAAAUUAUACAUACGAUAACUUAUUUAGACAGACAACACAAAGGUCAGUGACCUCAUGUGAUCAGUAGCCAAGUAUUAAGUCAUCAUGGUUCGGACACAUUGCUAUGGUGAACAUAUAAUAUUGUCCGUGUAUUAGACAUUGUAUUUUUAUUACCGUGUUUAGUCAGUCCUGUUUGUAUCCCUUGAUUGUAGCCCUAGACUCAGAAGGAUGAGUGUGCACGCAGUUUUGUAAACACAUUAAAUAUGUUCAAUGUCUGAAGAUUAUGAUAUAAUAGAAAAGUUGUUUUAGGAAAAUAUUAAUCCAGCCGAGAAAGACACAUGCAUACAUUUUUCGCCUUGGUUUCGACACCAUGCUUGCUUUAAAAGAAUAUCCAAUAGAAAGUGAUAGAUCUAAUAUAUGUGUCACGACGUAUCUGCUACUACUCGCCUGAAAAGGUAAGAUCUGUUGAUAUGAGCUCUAGGUCUGUUACUGGCUGGGUUUAUGAAGUACAGGCUAUAUUAUGUUAGGUCUAUGGAGAUUAGAUCUGUUAAUUACUGCUUCGGAGUCAGAUACUGCUAGACCAAUCACUAUAGACCUGACACUGCUAGGUAGAAGAUCUGCUGCUACUGCUGCUAUUAAUGUUGACACUGCUAGGUAUUAGAUCUGUUACUGUGAGACCGUUAAUGUUGACGCUGCCAGAGAUGAGAUGUGACACUGCUAUUGAUUAGAACCGUGCGACUCCCGAAGCGGGUCAUGGGGGGGGGGGGGGGGGGGGGGGGGGGCUGCAGCCGAGGUGUCACGUGCUCGCUGCUGGGACAGGUGGCAGCACUCAGACAAUAUCUUAUGCAUUUCGUUAUUUAGUUUACGUCCAACUGCAGAUGCCUUUAUUAUAUUAUUUGAUACAUCUAUUGUCACCUUUUGUAAAUAAAGUAUGUAUUCCAUGUG